AUGUCGGCCACAGAAUCCCCGUCCUCUCCGGGCCCCGAGACGAGAGACGUCUCCCAUGUCCAUGAAGACACUGGAACGCCGGCCGCUCCAACCGAUCUCCUAGCUCAAACACAGGACGAUCUUGCGAAACCGGACAUCAGUCAAACAGUCCAAAUGAGUGCACAAGACACAACAGAGCCACACGCUGCGGCUGCUCUCGCCGAUCCCGCCACGAUGGACUCAUCGACAGCUACCCAACCAUCACAGGCUGAGCAACAACAACUUGCGGGGCAGAUGGAAGGACUAUCGGUCUCGGGAAAUGCGACACCCAAUCUGCCAUCCAGCGCAAACACUCCUCCGCCCCCUCCGCCCCAGAAAGACGAUGUCUACCUCAACCUGAAUGCAAGCUCUACGACCACUGCGCCAACACUGCCACCCAUCGAUACAACCCGGACCCCCAGCCCCGAGAAAGAGCUCCCAGAUGUGCCUAGUGAUAGUGACCCGGACUCUAAACGAGGUGGUCAGGUCGAAGGACCUAGGGAUGAUAAUGCCUCCCAGCCGGAGAUUCAAAGUAUUAUGGGACAAUUCCAGGACCCCGCGCGAAGCACCGAUCAAAAAGUGAUCAUGUCUCCCCGGCUCGAGCUUGCUGAGCAAUUCCGAGGCGGUCCAACUUAUUUUCCACCGCGCAAAUCCAGUUUGGACCAUGCGCCUUCCACCGAGUCUGCGAAUUCUCCGGUCGCUACAUCACCGGAGAAACAGCCUGUAUCCCAACGUCCUCACAAGCCCGAAUCGCCGGUAUCAAACCGGCGAGCGUCCACCUCAACGGUCCCACCAAUGCCGGAACCAGAGGCUGAGCAACCAUUUGAUUUCCACCGCUUCCUAGAACAGCUGCGUCACCGCACCGCCGACCCCGUCGCCAAGUUUUUGCGGUCGUUCCUCACGGAGUUUGGCAAGAAGCAAUGGAUGGUACACGAGCAAGUGAAGAUUAUUAGCGAUUUCCUGACGUUUAUCACAAAUAAGAUGGCCAUGUGCGAGAUCUGGCGAGACGUAUCGGAUAGUGAAUUCGAUAAUGCCAAGGAAGGCAUGGAGAAACUUGUUAUGAAUCGUCUAUAUUCGCAGACUUUUGCACCAGCUAUUCCAGCUCCGCCAACAAUACCCAGAAGUGCAAGUCGGAGCCGGCGGAGGGAGUUAGAAAGGCUCCAUGGGCCGUGGCGACGUGGCCAGCAUCAGGAGGACAUUGAGCGAGACGAUAUUCUGGCACAGAAGAUUCGCAUUUACAGCUGGGUCAACGAAACGCAUCUGGAUAUCCCGACUGUGAGCGGCGGUGGACGCCGUUUCUUGAAUUUGGCACAGCAAGAAAUAUCAAAAAUCAAUGGCUACCGUGCUCCCAGAGAUAAGGUCAUUUGCAUUUUGAACUGCUGCAAAGUCAUCUUUGGUCUAUUAAAGAAUUCCAAAAAGGCCGACACAUCUGCCGACUCUUUUAUCCCCCUCCUGAUCUAUGUGGUUUUGCAUGCAAACCCUGACCAUCUUGUUUCUAACAUCCAAUACAUCCUUCGAUUCCGCAACCAGGAUAAACUUGGCGGUGAAGCAGGGUAUUACAUCUCAUCGUUGUCUGGAGCCAUCCAAUUCAUCGAGACCCUGGACCGCACAAGUCUAACCGUCAGCGACGAGGACUUUGAACGUAACGUCGAAGCUGCCGUGUCCGCUAUUGCAGAACAAAACCGCGAAUCCGAAACCUUCGAAGAGAAGCCCUCCACCCAACCCCCUUCAUCUCAGCCCCAGGCCGGACCAAGCCGCAAAGAAACUAUCCAAUCCAGUGACGACGACACCUCCGCCCCAGUCGCGGGACUACUACGCACAAUCCAAAAACCUCUCUCCACUAUCGGCCGCAUCUUCUCGGACGAGCCAGAUUCAGGUCCUGUCACUUCUCAAGAACACCCCCAGCCUGUCCCGACGCCCCAACCCGUUGUUGCUCCACCCCGUCUCACCCCGAACGUCUACCAGCCUCCUCGUGCAAGCAGCGAGGACGGCCGCCGCUCAGGCGAUGAGCGCGCCCGCUCCGCCCACGGUAGGGGAACCGCGAAGAAGAAUCUAACCCGCGUACUCGACGCUCAGGACGCCGCCGCACGUCAGGCCAGUGCUGAAGAUGCGGAGGCGCGCCGUAUACAACGUGCUGAACAUAAUAAUGUCGUCGAGACACUUUCGAACAUGUUUCCCAACCUAGACCGGGAUCUUAUUGAUGACGUCGUUAAGAUGAAAGAGGGGAGGGUUGGCCUAGCUGUCGAUGCUUGUCUUGCUCUCAGUGCAGAGUAG